CGACACACUCGUAGCCAACGGUUCUAACGUUAAUGGAGCAACCACCAUACACUGAAGAUGACUUGAACACCUCCACCACCUCCCCUGAAUCCACCACGACAGCCGAAACUCACCCGAAACACGACUCCAAGCGAGGCGGCACUAGGCAUCCCGUCUACAGGGGUGUCCGCAAAAGGCGGUGGGGCAAAUGGGUGUCGGAAAUUAGAGAGCCACGCAAAAAGUCGCGCAUUUGGCUAGGCUCAUUCCCCGUGCCAGAAAUGGCCGCCAAAGCCUACGAUGUAGCGGCGUUCUGCUUACGGGGACGUAAAGCGCAGCUUAAUUUUCCCGACGAAGUGGAGGAUUUACCGAGACCGUCGACGUGUACGGCUAGAGAUAUUCAGGCCGCAGCAGCAAAGGCUGCGCAUUCAGUAGUUUCGUCGAAAAAAAGUCAAGAAUCAUCCGAAGACGGUGACGGACACGGCGCUGACGAUUUUUGGGGCGAAAUUGAGCUGCCAGAACUGAUGAACAGCGGGUGCCAAUGGAAUUCACGCGGUUGGACAUUCACCGGCGAUGGGUCGUGGCUGGAAGGAGAGGCUCAGCAGCAACAACAGUUCUUGGCAUGUCUCUGAUGUGUAUGGUUGGGUUGUGAACAAAAAAAGAAGAAUCUCCAUGAAUGUUUCACCAACCUCUUGUCUUCGCUUUUAUGUACUGAUGAUUUGGCAUUAUAUAAGCUUUGUGGUAUGGCACGCAAUUUGGCGAAGUUAAGAUGCACCAGGUUCCCAAUUGGUUCACUGUUUCCUUCAUCUGUAGGCUAGAAAUCGAGCCGAUUUCUGUAAAUUAUUACAACUUAGAUAAGAGGAGGAGGUUGUUUAUAUUAUGUUUCUUCCCCUUACCCUUAAUAUUCAACUUAAGUGUGUACAAGGGAGGGUUAAGUGAAUUCACUGGGUGCCUGCUACAUGGAAUAUUAUGGGGAGGUGGGGGAUACAUUCUGUAUGUAAAUAAGAACGGCGUGCCAAUAAAGUGGUCUUUUGCUCCUUUCA